CGUCCGACUCUCACUGGAAGUUUGAGCGUCUCGAGCGCUCCACGGAAUUAACGGCAGCAGCACCAGCGCGUUAAACUGCGCGGGGCCGCGAGCGGAUUGUCCACCAUCUCACCGGGAACAUGAACAUGGCACUGAACAGGUCACCCUCUGCCACGGAAAAUUGGAACGGGGCUCCCGAGCGCAUGCGUGUUUCCACUGUGAAGAGUGAGUCCUCUUCAAUGCAGAGCGAGAAACUCCGCUGUCUUGCCCGCGAUAUCUCUGAACUGGGCCAGCAAGGCACUGCCAGCAGUGGGCACGAUGCCAAUGACAUUGCUGAGGACAUGGAGGAGCCAGGCCCUGGUCCAGGAGGAGGGCUGUGUUUUGCAGACGGCCGCAGAAGAGUGGACUACGUUCUUGUUUAUCACUGCAAGAGACGUCAGUCCCAACACCGCCACUCUGUUGUCUCUAACGGUAACGUGCCGUCUCAAACCCCCACCCCAUCACGCAGGAGUACGAAGGGCGAUAUUUCGGAGGCGGUGCUGGAGGCGGGGCUUGGGAUGGAACCCGCCAACGAACUACAAGAUAAAAUCAGGGAGGAAUUUGAAAGAAGACUUCAGGAGGAAGGCUUGGAGAUUGAACAUGACAAAGAGAUGAGGACGGUCCGGUUUACCCAUCUCCAUGUUCCCUGGUCCGUUCUCAGUCGUGAGGCAGAACUUCUUAAGAUCAGAGUGCCGACUAAAAAGACAUAUCAGCUGAAAGAGAAGACGGGGCUCAUGGGUGUAAUAAGCACGUUUUGGACAAAGAUCAAUCAGCCGUUCCAGCCGGGCGUACCGGAGCCCCAAGACCCACGCACACGGGUGCUAUCCCAACCGUUCAGCAGAGACAAGCUACACCUAUUUGAUAUAAAGCCAAAAAACAGCUUGUUCAGCAAUGCAAUACGAGGUCGAAUUGUUUAUGAAAUUCUGAGGCGCACAGCCUGCACACAGACCUGUCAAACUAUGGGUAUUUCAUCACUGCUAGCUAAAGGGGUUUAUGAUUCUGCCUUCCCUCUGCAUGAUGGAGACUUUGACAGCUCAGAAGAUAAAGAGAAUCGCAAUGACAGACAGAUGUUGCAUGAGGAAUGGGCCAAUUAUGGAGCUUGCUACAAAUAUCAGCCAAUGGACCUUAUAAGGAAGUACUUUGGAGAGAAGAUUGGCCUGUAUUUUGCCUGGUUGGGAGUGUACACACAGCUGCUGAUUCCAGCCUCGGCUUUAGGAGUCGCAGUAUUUCUGUACGGCUGCCUCACUGUAGACACCAAUGUGCCCAGUCAAGAGAUGUGUGAUGAGCAUCUUAAUUUCACCAUGUGUCCUCUAUGUGAUCGUGUGUGUGAUUACUGGCAGCUGAGCAGUAUCUGCAGUACGGCACGUGCCAGCUAUCUGUUUGAUAACCACACCACCGUGGGCUUCGCCAUCUUUAUGUCCCUUUGGGCGGCAGUGUUUCUAGAGCACUGGAAGAGGAGGCAGCGAUGUUUACAGCACAGCUGGGAUCUGACAGGCAUGGAAGACGAUGAGGAAAGGGCUGAGAAUGAGCUACGACCAGCAUAUGAGGACUUUCUCCUUAAGAAACAAGAGAAGAAGGCAAAGAAGAAGAAGGAAGAGCCGGACGCAGGAACGGAUGACAAAGGAAGAGAGAAGCUACUGUCUGCUAAAGGAGGACAGUCACCGCUUGCCUCCGAGUCUUUGUCAUGGACAGACCGGCUGCCAGGAUACUGCAUCAACAUAUCCUCUAUCCUCCUUAUGGUUGGGGUCACGUUCUCUGCCGUGUCUGGAGUGAUUCUCUACCGCAUCAUUGUGUUUGCCGUUAUGUCAAUGAACCCUGAUCACGGUGUGUGUGUGUGUGUGUGUUUACAUGACAAAAGAUUAAAUGUGUUUCUUGAUAAAAGGGUGACUCUAAUGAAGAAAAGAUCAUGCAUUACCAAUGAUGAUUAUUAUGAAUAUGAUAUUAAUGUCAUACUUGCAGAGAUUCCAAAGACUGAAUCGACAUAUGAGGAGCAUGUGAUCUUGAAAGCUUUUUUGCUGAAGAGCAUGAAUUCAUUUGCACCUGUCUUCUAUGUGGCCUUCUUUAAGGGCAGGUUUGCCGGUCAUCCGGGUGACUAUGUUUAUGUCUUUAAGGAUUUCCGCAUGGAAGAGUGCUCUCCAGGUGGCUGUCUUAUUGAAGUGUGUAUUCAGCUGGGAAUCAUUAUGUUGGGAAAACAGCUCAUUCAGAAUAAUGUGUUUGAAAUUGCAAUUCCAAAGCUGAAGAAGAUGUAUCGCACGUAUAAGGAGAAGAGAGAUGGAUUGGCAGAUGAGGAGGACAAAGAUUCCAAACGAGAACCACAGCGCUGGGAUUUGGACUACGACCUGGAGCCAUAUGAGGGAUUGAGCCCAGAGUACAUGGAGAUGGUUAUUCAGUAUGGAUUUGUCACACUCUUUGUGGCCUCCUUCCCGCUGGCACCAGUUUUUGCUCUGCUUAAUAACAUCAUUGAAAUCCGACUAGAUGCGGCAAAAUUCGUCACUGAAAUACGCCGGCCUGAUGCAGUCAGUGCUAAAGAGAUUGGCAUAUGGUACAACAUCUUGAGUGGAAUCAGCAAGUUUGCUGUCAUUACAAAUGCAUUUGUGAUCUCCUUUACAUCGGAGUUCAUUCCUCGGAUGGUGUAUCAGUAUUUGUACAGUGAGACAGGCACCAUGCAUGGUUAUACCAACCAUACACUGGCUUAUUUCAACACGAGCAACUUUAAACCUGGAACUGCCCCACAUGAUACAGACUUUGACAGACAACUCCGUAUUUGCAGGUACAAAGACUAUCGAGAUCCACCCUGGUCUCCCGAGUCUUACCAGCUUUCUAAGCAGUACUGGUCUGUGCUCGCUGCACGCCUGGCUUUUGUCAUUUUUUUCCAGAACUUGGCCAUGUUCCUCAGUAUGUUGGUGGCAUGGUUGAUCCCAGACAUGCCUCGUUCUCUGAAAGAGCAGCUAAAGAGAGAGAAAGCACUCCUGAUGGAUCUUCUGCUCACAGAGGAGGCGGACAAGCAGUGCACCCAGUCACACCCAAUGACAACUACCAAUAAUGAUGUAGUCAUCAAGGGUCUAGAGGAAGGAUCACCAGAAGAGCUGCCUGUCUGCAGUGGAGUAAUGCUAAGCCAGUCAGAUGAAGAGCUGACCAACAGAGAGGAGGAAGAGCUUGAGGAACAAUCAGCAGAGGAACCGAUUGCAUCCACCAGUGAUCUGCCUAAUAGACCUCGACCUUCGACCUGUGAAAGUCUCAAUACAACUUCAGAGUCCCUGUCUAAGAUAGCCUGUCAUGAUGAAUCACUCACCACACCUCUAGCAUGUUCAAACCAGUCCAUUCAUUCAAUCAAAACAGGCUCACUAUCACGACACCGAGAGUUUGACUCGAAUGGACCUCCACCUCGAGACCCAAGUUCCAGGGCUAAGAGCCGUUGCCAAACCCUUCCGCCAAGGCACGGAGGACCUGAUGCUGAAGCACAUGCAACCAGACCCAGCCACUCGACGACAUUCACACAUCUCGACCAGAAAGUUCCUCCAUCCUCUUGUGAGCUCACCCGUAUGGUUCCUAGAGGACCAUCUAAAACCAAGCCCUCUGAAAGUCAAACGUCCUUCUCAGAUUCACUGGAUUCAGAGCUCACGAGCAGCCAUUCCAUAGCACUUCCUCGUCCACCAUCCAGACCGGAGCUUGCUAGCAGCCUUUCAACAGUCUUGCCACAUCCUCCUUCGAAACCAGAACUUGUGGCCAGCCAGUCAGCAGGACUACCACGCCCUCCCUCCAAACCAGAGCUGAUGGGAAGCGAAACAAAAGGGCUUCCACCUCGUGAUCCAGGCUCGAAAGUUAAGGGUCGAUGCCAGACUCUUCCUCCAAAGUAUAGAGGCUCAGAGACUUCUGGGGAGACGAAGACCAGACCUAGUCACUCCACCACCUUCACACACCUCAGUCAACAGAUCCCCCCCUCACCCAGUGAUCUCAAACGUAACACUCCCGUAUGAGUGUGAUAAGAUGAAGUGGAGCAACACUCUACCUUUUCAGCACCUUGCAUCCAAUCACCAUGCUCAGUGCCAGGCAACCCAUGCCAUCAACAACUCAUCAAUUUCUCAUUAAUGACUGAACAAGCAUCUUCAGUAACUCUGGAAGUAGAUCAAUUGUUGGUGGCUUGGUGGAGGUUCACUUGGUUGGUUAACUAGGGGGACUUCUUUGCACAGAAUCACCCUUUUUAUUGGAGGACCGAGUGCAGACAAGUUCGACUUGUGCAUUCUUGAGUAUUUUUAUGGAGCCAUCUGAUAUGGAUCGAUGACUCCUAACAUUGUUUUAUACUGUGACUUGCCAUUCUCUCUUUCACAUAUAAACUCCUGUACAGACAUACGCAGAUAUACACACACCAAAUCUCAUUAACCUGACCUCUUGAACCAGAACAGGGGAGAAGAGAGAGAGGCUUAGGAAUAUGGGCCAAAGGGCUUUGCAGUCCAUAUGAUUUGUUACUCAGCAAGUGGAACUUUCAUUUUGUGGUGUGUUCUUUCAUGAGUUUUGCUACAUGUACUUAACCAGAAUAAUAACUAAAUGUGAACUUAUUAACACAAUAUGUCAGCUUCAAAUGAGCCAA